UUCAGAUUUGCCCAGUACCCUUGUAAUUUGCCAGCACGUAGUCUCGCACAGGCCAAACAAAAGCGCAGGCAUAGACGCAGUCGUUGAUUCACGGUUUUAAAAUUCAGUGCUAAGAACAACAUUGUUCCCGAUAAUUCCACAAGUUAUAUAACAAUCCACUGAGGCACACAACAUGUUGCAACUGCUACGUAAUUCAACCGGCAGCACAGUGCCGCAAAGCGUGCUGAAACAUUAUGCACGCAGCUUGGGCUCUGUGGUGCCCGAAACCAAGCUUCAAGACUUCAAUGUGGUUAAUGAGCCCAUACUAGACUACCGCAAAAAUUCACCAGAGCGGAAGGCUCUAGUCCAAGCUUUGGAACACACAGCAGCCAACUGCGAAGAGGUCCCCAUUGUCAUUGGUGGCAAGGAAUUUAAGACGUCAAAAGUGGUGCAUCAGGUCAUGCCGCACAAUCAUGCGCACAAGCUGGCCAAGUUCUACUAUGCGGACAAAAAGCUUUUGCAGGAGGCAAUUAAGACGGCGGUAAAUACGCAGCCCAAAUGGGACAGGGUUCCCCUGUCUGAACGUUUGAAAAUUUGGGAACGUGCUGCCGACCUGAUGGCGGGCAAGUACCGUCAAGAAUUAAAUGCGGCUACUAUGCUGGGACAGUCCAAGACGGCCAUACAGGCAGAAAUCGAUUCAGCCGCAGAAUUGAUUGAUUUUAUACGUCUGAACGCCUACUUUCUUAAGGAGUGCGCCAAGUAUCAGCCCAUUAGUGAAAACAUAAAGGUCACGAAGAACUCAAUGCGAUAUCGUGGCAUCGAUGGCUUCAUAGCCGCCGUCAGCCCUUUUAAUUUUACGGCCAUAGGAGGAAAUUUGGCCUACACACCAGCUCUAAUGGGCAAUGCUGUCCUAUGGAAGCCAUCUGAUACUGCAUUGCUUUCGAACUGGCGCAUUUUUAACAUUAUGCGAGAAGCAGGUGUGCCCGAUGGAGUCGUAAACUUCGUACCCGCCGAUGGACCCGUAUUCGGUGAUACCAUUACCGAAUCGCCUCACUUGGCUGGAAUAAAUUUCACUGGCUCCGUUCCCACAUUUAAUCGCUUGUGGAAACAAGUGGGCAAUAACAUAGACAAUUAUGUCAACUUUCCCCGCCUAAUUGGUGAGUGCGGUGGCAAAAAUUUCCACUUUAUCCACAAGUCAGCGGAUGUGGAAUCGGUGGUGACCGCCACUAUUCGUUCGGCCUUUGAGUAUUGUGGCCAGAAGUGCUCGGCCUGCUCGCGUAUGUUUGUUCCCGAAUCGCUGUGGCCAGAUAUCAAGUCCGGCUUGCUGAGGGAGGCAGAGAAACUAAACAUUGGCGAUGUGCAAGACUUUAGCAGCUUCACAUCGGCCGUCAUCGAUGACAAAGCAUUUAAACGCAUUACCAGCUACAUAGAACAUGCUAAGAAAAGCCCAAACCUAGAAAUCAUUGCCGGUGGCACCUAUUCUGACAGCAAAGGUUACUUUAUCAAUCCAACCAUUGUGCAAUCCAAAGAUCCCAAAGAUCGCAUCAUGACAGAGGAAAUCUUCGGUCCAUUGUUGUCAGUCUAUGUUUAUAAAGAAUCGGAUCUGGAGCAAACCAUGAAUCUGGUCCACACCUCGACAAAGUUUGCGCUGACAGGUGCAGUUUUUGGACAGGAUGAAAACUUUAUCAAUCGCGCUUUAGAAGAGUUCAAAAUGGCUGCCGGCAACUUCUAUAUCAAUGACAAAUCGACUGGCUCGGUAGUGGGACAACAGCCCUUUGGAGGUGGACGCAUGUCCGGCACCAACGACAAGGCGGGCGGACCACACUAUAUUUUACGAUGGACCUCACCGCAGGCGAUCAAGGAGACCUUUGUGCCAUUGCGCGAUAUCAAUUAUCCGUAUAUGAGCGAGUAAGGAAAACGAAAAAGCUAAAUGGAAUCUCAUAAAUUACUAUCUCUAUAUAAAUACCUAUACCUAUAUAAAAACAAUAUGUAUGUAUAUGUAUUUUGUUAAAUUAUUUUUACCUACAUACACAAUAACACAAAUGCCCACUCACGUAAAACUUUACAUAGUUGAAUGUUGUAUUUAAAAAAUUUACGCUGUAUUUCUGCAAAUUAUAGUAAUUGAUAUGCUGAUUACAUUUAUGUACCAUAUAAUGAAAUAUGUAUGCAUAUGUAUGAAACUCGAUCUAUAUAAUGAUAUAUACAUCAAGAUUUGAACGUAUUGUGAUUAUUUAUACAAUUAUUUGAUUUGUAUUUUGUUACCCGUUUUGUUUGUUUUUAGUUUGGUUUUAAAUACCAGCACUAUAUAAAGAUGCUAUUUGUAAAAGCAAA